AUGCCGGGUAAGAGUGAGCAGCCAGUCAGGGUAUUGACACAUCACAAGCCCGUUAAGCAUGAUGGGCCCAAGUCCUCCGGCGGGGUAAAAAAUUCAAUUACCUAUGUUGAUGUGGAUAUAAACUUCACUCAGAAAGAGUGGGCUCUGUUGGAUCCUUCCCAGAAGAGUCUCUACAAAGAUGUGAUGAUAGAGACCUACAAGCACCUUACAGCUAUAGGCUACAAUUGGGAAGACCAUAAUAUGGAAGAACAUUAUCAACCUUCUAGAAGAUAUGGAAGGUGUAUCCUUUGUCAUAAUUCAUACAAGUCAUGUGAGGAAAAACCUUAUGAAUGUAAUCAGUGUGGGAAAGCCUUUUCACAAAACGGAAAUCUCGAAAGGCAUAAAAGAACACAUACUGGAGAGAAGCCUUACAAAUGUAAUCAGUGUGGGAAAGCCUUUUCACUACGCGGAAAUCUCAAAAAGCAUAAAAGAACACAUACUGGAGAGAAGCCCUAUGAAUGUAGUCAAUGUGGUAAAGCCUUUUCACACCUCAGUACACUUCAAGUGCAUAAAAGAACACAUACUGGAGAGAAACCCUAUGAAUGUAGUCAAUGUGGUAAAGCCUUUUCACAACUCCGUACACUCCACGGGCAUAAAAGAACACAUACUGGAGAGAAACCCUGUAAAUGUAAUCAGUGUGGUAAAGCCUUUGCUUGUUGUAGUGGUCUCCAGAAACAUGAAAGAAUUCAUACUGGAGAGAAACCCUAUGAAUGUAGUCAAUGUGGUAAAGCCUUUUCAAACCUCAGUAUACUCCAAGUGCAUAAAAGAACACAUACUGGAGAGAAACCCUACGAAUGUAAUCAAUGUGGUAAAGCCUUUACACAGUCCAAUUCUCUCCAAGCGCACAAAAGGACCCAUACUGGAGAAAAACCCUAUGAAUGUAAUCAGUGUGGGAAAGCCUUUUCACUACGCGGAAAUCUCAAAAAGCAUAAAAGAACACAUACUGGAGAGAAACCCUAUGAAUGUUUUCAGUGUGGGAAAGCCUUUUCACAAUUGAUUAGUCUCCACAUUCAUAAAAGAACACAUACUGGAGAGAAACCAUAUGAAUGUAGUCAAUGUGAUAAAGCCUUUUCACACUUCGGUACACUCCAAGUGCAUAAAAGAACACAUACUGGAGAGAAACCCUAUAAAUGUAAUCAAUGUGGUAAAGCCUUUGCUUGUUGUAGUGGUCUCCAGAAACAUGAAAGAAUUCAUACUGGAGAGAAACCCUACGAAUGUAAUCAGUGUGGUAAAGCCUUUACACAGUCCAAUUCUCUCCAAGCGCACAAAAGGACACAUACUAGGGAGAACCCCUAGUAAUAUAAUCAAUGUGGUAAAGCCUUUUCAAUACCCAGUAGUCUUCAAAGGCAUAAAGGAACACACAAUGGAGAGAUACCCUACAAAUGUAAUCAAUAUGGUAAAGCCUUUGCAUGUUGUAGUGGUCUUCAGAGACAUGAAAGAAUUCAAACUGCAAAGAAACCUUAUGAAUGUAAUCAUUGUGUUAAAUGC